AUGAAAGUCGUUAGAGUUGUUGAAUAUCACCAAAACCUCCAGCUAGACGAAGCUCCAGAACCCAAGAUCACCUCGCCCCUAGACGUGAUUGUGAAGAUCGGUGCCGCUGGAGUGUGCAGAACGGACAUACACAUCUUGGAAGGGCAAUGGGCCGAUAAAAGUGGCGUUAAGCUGCCUUACACCAUUGGACAUGAGAAUGCCGGUUGGGUCCAUGCGAAAGGCGAUGCUGUCACAGGCAUCGAAGUCGGAGACGCCGUGAUCCUCCAUCCUCUGGUGACUUGUGGUUUCUGCCGAGCCUGUCGAUUCGGCGACGAUGUCCACUGCGAGAACAGCACCUUCCCAGGCAUCAACGUCGACGGUGGAUACGCAGAGUACUUGAAGACGACAGCCCGCAGCGUCAUCAAACUGGACCCAAAACUCAAGCCCGCCGACGUAGCAGCACUGGCAGACGCCGGGUUGACAGCCUACCACGCCGCAAUGAAGGCUGCAAAGCUCCUCCGUCCCAGCGAGUUCUGCGUGAUCAUCGGUGCUGGUGGCCUAGGACACAUAGGAAUCCAAGUCAUGAAAGCCAUCAGCGGAGCAACCCUCAUUGUCAUCGACCGCAACACCGCAGCCUUAGACCUGGCCAAACAACUUGGUGCAGACCACAUCGUCCAAGCCGACGACUCUGGCAGUUUCGUAGAGAAAGUCCUCCCCCUCACGCAAAACAAAGGCGCCGAAGCCGUCCUCGACUUCGUGGCCGAAAGCGGCGCCACAGCCACUGGAAUCAAAAUGCUCCGUCGCGCAGGAAACUACUACGUCGUGGGCUACGGUGAGAAUAUCAAUAUCCCGACGAUCGAUAUGAUCUCGACGGAGAUCAACAUCAUUGGAAAUCUCGUGGGGAGCUAUAACGAUCUUGUGGAGUUGAUGGCUUUGGCGGAGCAGGGGAAGGUCAAGUUGCAUACGACCGAGUAUAAAUUGGAGGAUUUCCAGAGGGCGAUUGAUGAUCUUUCGAAUGGCAAGGUCAGGGGGAGGGCGAUUUUGGUGCCGUAG